AUGGGGAAGACCGGCGAGAGCACGGUGGCCUUGAACUCCCCGACAGAGGUCAAACAAGCGGUGCCCUUUGAGGAACUGGAUCCUGUGGCGCCCCCUGAUGACAAGACGAAGAAGACAGAGGAGCCGCCCGACAGGGGGAGCUGGAAGGGCAAGUUUGAUUUCCUGCUGUCGUGUGUGGGAUACGCCAUCGGAUUAGGAAACGUCUGGAGGUUCCCUUAUCUCUGCGGCAAGAACGGAGGAGGAGCGUUCCUGAUCCCGUACUUCCUGACGCUGGUGUUUGCUGGGAUCCCGCUCUUCUUCCUGGAGACGUCUCUUGGACAGUUCACCUCAGUGGGAGGACUGGGAGUGUGGAGACUCAUGCCUAUGAUGAAAGGUGUCGGCCUGGCUUCAGUCGUUCUGUCCUUCUGGCUCAACAUCUACUACAUCAUCAUAAUAGCCUGGGCGCUCUACUACCUAUUCAACUCCUUCGGUUCGGAGCUGCCGUGGCAAAGUUGUGAUAACCCCUGGAACACGGAGAAUUGUUUUUGUAACUACAGUCUGACAGACACCACCAACCUGACCAGCGCUGUCACCGAGUUCUGGGAGCGUAACAUGCACCAGAUGUCCAGUGGUCUGGAGGAGCCUGGAGAGCUGCGCUGGCCCCUGGUGGGCACUCUGGCUCUGGCCUGGAUCCUCGUCUACUUCUCGAUCUGGAAAGGAGUGGAGUGGACGGGGAAGGUGGUGUAUUUCUCCGCCACUUAUCCCUACUUCAUGCUGUUCAUCCUGUUCUUCCGAGGGGUCACUCUGCCCGGAGCCAUCGACGGAAUCCGCUUCUACAUUACACCGGACUUCAAUAAACUCGUCCGCUCCGAGGUGUGGCUGGACGCCGCGACUCAGAUCUUCUUCUCCUACGGCCUGGGCCUGGGCUCGCUCAUCGCACUGGGGAGCUACAACUCUUUCAACAACGACGUCUACAAGGACUCCCUUAUAGUCUGCUGCGUCAACUCCUGUACGAGCAUGUUCGCUGGAUUUGUCAUCUUUUCCAUCGUAGGCUUCAUGUCCCACAUCACCAAGAAACCCGUGCAGGAAUUAGCAGCGUCAGGUCCAGGUUUGGCGUUUUUGGCGUAUCCUCAGGCCGUCACCCAGCUGCCCAUGUCCUCGCUAUGGGCCAUCCUCUUCUUCUCCAUGCUCAUGAUGCUGGGCCUGGACAGUCAGUUCUGCACAGUUGAAGGCUUCAUCACCGCUCUGAUGGAUGAAUACCCCAUGGUGCUGAGGAAGAGGAAGAAGGUCUUCAUCCUCAUCGUCUGCCUCAUCUCCUUCAUCAUCGGCUUCUCCAACAUCACACAGGGUGGUCUCUACGUGUUCAAGCUGUUUGAUUACUACUCCGCCAGUGGGAUGUGUCUUCUCUUCCUGGUCUUCUUCGAAACCGUCUCCAUAUCCUGGUUUUAUGGAGCUGACAGGUUUUACAAGAACAUUGAAGAAAUGAUCGGCUAUCGGCCGUGUGUCUGGUGGAAGCUUUGCUGGAAGUACUUCACGCCAAUGAUCUGCCUGGGGGUGUUUACCUUCAGCGCCAUCGAGAUGACCCCUCUGACCUUGGGGAAGUAUGUGUACCCGCUGUGGGGCCAAGUGAUUGGCUGGUUCAUGGCGAUGUCGUCUAUGAUCCUGAUCCCAGGCUACGUCAUCUACAUGUUCUGCACCAGCAAGGGCAGCUUCAAACAGCGUUGGCGGAAGAUGACAACUGCCCGGGAGGAUAAAAAGCCAUCGGGGCAUGAGGAAUUUACACACACAGGGAGCGUGGGCGAAGCUUCGGUCUAG